AUGCGACCUCGGUUCUUAUAUCUACUUCGGAAAAUAUCGCAGUUAGUGUUUGCGAGUCCAUUCGAGCAGUUUUACAAUUUAUAAAAGCACAAACAAUGAUUGUCAAGGGGCUUUUAGGAGUACUCUUGGCUGUCGGUGUCUCCUAUCACUUCGUAGGGCCCAUUCUGCUGAACGACACGCCUCACGAAGUUCCAACACUACCAGAAAAUAAUUGGGGACCCAUUGGAGCUAAAGAAGAUUCUUCGAUCAGGCCUUUCAAGAUUGAUAUUCCCAAAAAUGUAAUUGAGGACCUCAAGCAGAAAUUAUCUGGCACCAGGAAUUUGACCCCACCCCUGGAGAACACCGGCUGGAGUUACGGUGUUUCCGGUGCAUAUCUCAAGACAAUUAUCGAUUAUUGGAGGAAUAAAUAUGACUGGUAUAAACGUCAGGAGCUCCUCAACAAGUAUCCCCAGUUUAUCACGCAAAUUCAAGGUCUAGAUAUUCACUACAUCCACGUGAAGCCAUCUAAGGCUCUGAAGAAUGGGAAGCCCUUGAGGGUUCUUCCACUCCUUCUGGUGCAUGGCUGGCUAGGAUCUGUCGUCGAAUUCCAGAAGAUCAUUCCUAUGUUGACGACACCACGUCCUGAUGCCGAUUUUGUCUUUGAAGUUAUUGCUCCCUCGUUGCCGGGGUACGGAUUUUCCCAGGGAGCCGUUCGUCCGGGUCUUGGUCAUGCUCAGAUCGCCGUGAUUUUUAAAAAUUUGAUGAUACGUCUAGGAUUUAAUAAAUUCUACACGCAAGGUGGAGACUGGGGAAGUGCUAUCACUUCUGAUAUAGCAAUACUAUUUCCAGAAAGGGUCCUAGGCUCACAUUUAAAUAUGUGCUGGGUGUCUGGUCCUCGAGCCAUGUUCUGGCAGUUUCUUGGAUCGUAUUUUCCCUCGUUCGUGGUCGACCCUGAGCACGUCGCCAAGCUCUAUCCGAUGUCCAAGCACUGGUCCAGAACCAUGGAGGAAUCUGGAUAUUUCCACAUCCAGGCCACCAAACCGGAUACUGUCGGAGUUGGGCUCAAUAAUGCUCCAGCCGGACUAGCAGCCUACAUUCUCGAGAAAUUCAGUACCUGGACGAAUCCAGAUUACCGAUUCCGUGGAGAUGGUGGUUUGUUAGAAAAAUUUACAUUAGAUGAGCUCCUCGACAACGUUAUGAUCUACUGGGUAACGAAUUCCAUCACAACGAGUGUCAGACUGUACGCCGAAAGCUUCAGCGCUGAGAAUCGUGAUAAAUUAGAUCAUAUUCAGUCGUACGUGCCGACAGCCUGCGCGGUAUUCCCCCACGAGAUCCUCUACAUCCCCGAAAAAAUCGCCAAGUUGCGAUUCAAAAAUUUGACGCAAUUUAAUCACUUGCCACGUGGAGGCCACUUUGCAGCGUUUGAGGAGCCGAAAGUCCUGGCUGAUGAUGUGUGGACGUUCGUUAAAAACCUCGAGAGGGCUUGAAAAUGUGCUAUUCAUUUUUUUUUAUGAAAUUCGAGACUAAUCCAGGUGCGACGAAGUUAAGAAGAGGAUAAAAUUAUUAUCUAAUAAUAUAAAAUAGAUGGUAAGUGAGCCAUUUUCGAAUGACAUGUCGAUAUUGGAUUCAAAUGUUUAUAUUUCUUAUAAAAUAAAAGAUUAAUUGCGAAAAAAAA